AUGGAGAAAAUCUCGGUAUCGGAGAUAUCGGUUACAGAUCCGGGGUCCCGCGUCGACACCUGCACAACAAAGGCAGAAUAUGAUCGUAAUCUGACGGUUUUCGUAGGAAAUCUUCCACUGGACGUGAAAGACGAUGAGUUAGCAGAAUUCUUCGAAGAGAACGUAGGAGGCGUUAGCUUUGUUCGCUGUAUAAGAGAUUCGUCAAGCGGCAUGGGCAAAGGAAUCGCAUUUGUUGUUUUUAAGAAGGUGCAACAGGCUAGAAAGAAGAGCGGCAGUACGCAGCAGCCCAAACUGAACCAAGAACAGGAAGAAAAGAUCAAUAAGUUCAAAUUCUCAACAAAGAAACCACAACAGAGUGAGCGUCCGAUGUUGAAAAAGAAAGCGAGAAAAGCCAUCCAGAGAAAGAAGAGUGGCAAACCAGUGAAAAGUCUUAUGCAGUAG